AUGGGCCGCAAAAACACGUUGAUCCUCUCUUCCUUGAUCAUGUUGGUAUCCGGGGGCCUGACUGCAAUUUUCACAAACAUUUGGAUGUACGCCGGAUUUCGAUUCAUGAGCGGGUUCGGACGAUCCACGAUAGGGACGAGUGCGUUCGUCCUCGUGAGCGAGCUCGUGGGGAAAAAGUGGAGGGGCAAAAUCGGGAUAAUGAGUUUUUCGUGUUUCACGUUGGGCUUCAUGUCCCUCUCCCUCGUAGCAUUUCUACUGAGGGGGUUGAUUUAUUUCUACACGACUUGUCCGUGCGUUUUUUACUCUUUGCCAGUGUGUGUUUUUGCGUGCGAAUCUCCUAGAUGGCUUUUCGUCAAGGGAAGAAGAGAAGAAUUUACCAAAACUAUUACACACUUGACGAAAUACUGCUGCGGCAGCAUUUCGCCAGGUGUGGAGUGGAGUACGGGAAAAGUAAUGGAAGAAAGUAGUAGUAGUAGUAAUAAUACAUUUUCUUCUGCAUUGAAGAUGUUAGUUAGUAAAAAUUGGGCCAUAAAGCGUUUACUAGCGUUGAUGAUUGUGGGGUUUGGCAAUGGCAUGGCCUAUUAUGGAAGCCCAUUGGGCCUCGAUGGCUUGCCGUUCAACCUCUACAUAAGUGUCACGUUAAAUGCAUUGGUCGAGUUGUUGGCCGCGUGGAUCAUGGUUUUCAUGAUAGGGAAGUUGAGAAGGAAAAAUUGGUUGGUCGAGAAAAAUUGGUUGGUCGGGUUAUCUUUAUUUAGUGGGGCGUGUGGAUUGGUUGGGAUUUUCGCACGGUUGAACAGGAUUUGGAUAGGGUUGGAAGUGGUGUAUUUUUUUAGCAUGUGUAUGGCGUUUGAUGUAUUCAUGAUCUACUUGUCGGAAUUGUUCCCGACGUGCGUUAGGAACUCGAGAGUGUCGAUGGUGAGGGUGGCGGGCUUGCUAGGUGGGUUUUUGGGCCCAAUGCUUGUGGCGGUUGGAAGAAUGGUAAAUGGGCUCUUGUGCUAUGCCGUGUUUGGGUUGACCUUAUCGUUGACCGUAUUGUUUGUCGUCUUGCUGCCUAAAACUGAAGGGAGGACAUUGUGUGAUACGAUGGAGGAAUAA